GGCUUGAGCUGCGUCGAGGUCGCGCUUGUUGCUGCCUUACCAUCGAUUCACCACGUUGUGAUGAGCCAUCGCUAUACACCACCACACCAUCAUCUUAGCACCAUCGCCCGUCCUCACAUCGCCGUAUCCAAGCUCAGCACACGGUCAUCGAUCACGGGCUGCAAGUGUUUGGCAAUAGCGUAAUCUUGACGAGCCAGCGGGUGACAGCAUCGAAGGUGCACAACGACACUUGAUCCUUUGGUUGGACCCCCGGCUAUCACAGCCCGCACGCACAUCUCUAAUCAAGCUCUUCAAGAACCGAAUGGUGGACUUUACAUCUGUCAAGCGACUUGUGGCCAAGGUGGGAGGAGGAGAAGGAGGGUACACUUCAGAAGGCAAAUCGGGAGGCAGAUUUGGAGGAGGCAUUUCCAACAAUGGGCCAGUCAAUACCAUCCCGCUGUCAGAGGACAAGUUCGCAAAGUACGGCCUGAUUGUGCGAGGCGUACAGAUCUUCUUGGCAGCGGUGGUCUUGAUCAUUGCCAUCAUACUGUCGUCCUUCCAGUCGAAAUGGAUCGGCGGCCCCUCGGGGCUCACGGGACUGCUCAUAGCCAUAUCCGUCCUUAGCUUGAUAACGUCAAUCGUCUUUGUCGCGGUACCCCUAAUUCACAGUCAGUCGGAUUUCACCAGGCUGAAGAGUCUAGCAAGAGCUCUUGGUGAGGCUCGGGUGGGAUUCAUCUUGAACGGAGUGUGGGUGGGCAUCAGCUUGUUGAUCGCCUUGACACAGACAAUCAGCGCUAACGUCAAGGGCUGCAAAGACCCCGCUUCGGAUGAUCACGCCAAAUCGAGUAAAGGCAAAGAGGAAGACUUUUUGAAGGUGCUGCCCGGCUUUUGCAACACGAAGCGAGCUCAAGCUGCAUUCACAUGGUUUUUGUUCUUUUCGUGGCUACUUGCGCUCGGACUAUUCUUGAGAGCCUGGCGUCUGUCACGCAAGAACGGUCCUCGCAUUCCGCCAUUUGUGCAUCCUACAGACGACAGCGCAUUCGAGCCGAUCCAAGGAGAAGAUGACGAAGACCUUCAUCAGCAAGACGCCAACCCUUACUCGAAUUACGGUGGAGGUGCUUCGGGUGGUAGAUACGGAGAUGGUGGGGACGGAAGGUAUGGCAGUGGCGCUGGUUACGAUUACGGCUCAGGAGCGGCAGGCCGAGAUUCGUAUGGUGCACCCGUGGGCAGGCCCAGCUACAGCGCCGAGAACCCGUUUGGAGACGUCCAAGCUGCUAGGCCUUCGUAUGAUUACGGCGCGUACGGGAAUGCCAGCCAGGUCAACUUGCCAGGUUCGGGCAGAAGGGACUCAUAUGCGCCCAACGACAGGCGGAACAGCGUCGACCCGUAUGCUGCCAUUCAGAAUCAGCUGCAGACGGAUCGCCCUGCUACCGGUCCACCUCAGCUUCCACCCCUUUAUCACCAUUAAGAUUCGGGACGCACGUACCUGCUUGGUCAACACCGCUCCGAGCGCGCAGUGCCACCUCCGAGCCGGAGGUGCAUACCACCGAGCAGCGGGAAAUCCCGCCAAGAGCGUGCUGCAGAACGAUGCUCGCAGCACGCCGUAAGGUAGCGCCAUCACUGGGUCUGAUGGUCAGACCGCUCCGCUUGGCGAUAGCUCUGCCACGGGCCA